AUGUCCUCCAUCCACGACCUCGCCGCAGCCGCUGUCGCCGGCACCGCUUCGUCCAGCCACGGCGAGGACGGCAGCGGAGCGACCAAGAGGAGGGGCGCGUUCAUUGUGCUCGAGGGCCUGGAUCGCAGCGGCAAGACGACGCAGGUGAAGCUGCUGGAGCAGCGGUUUGUGGAGGAGGGGCGGCCGGCCAAGGUGAUGAGAUUUCCGGAUAGGACGACGGCGAUUGGGCAGAUGAUUGAUGGCUACUUGAAGAGCCAUGUUGAUUUGGACGACCAUGCGAUUCAUUUGCUGUUUAGCGCCAACCGCUGGGAAUCUGCCGCCCAAAUCAGGGCCUACCUCGCCGCCGGCAUCAGCGUCGUCUCCGACCGCUUUUACCACUCCGGCAUCGUCUACUCCGCCGCAAAGAAGAACCCGCACCUGCCGCUCUCCUGGGCGCGCUCGCCAGACGUCGGCCUGCCCCGUCCGGACGUGGUGCUCUUUUUGGAUCUGGACGAGGAGACGGCGCGGUCGAGGGGCGGUUGGGGCAGCGAAAAGUACGAAAAGGAGGAGAUGCAGCGGACGGUGCGGGAGCUGUUUUGGGCGCUGAGCAUGGGCGGGAAGGAUAUCAAGGGGCAGGACUUGUUGCAGCAGAUGGGCGGGAUUGAGGGCCCGUCGUGGAGGCAGGAUGAGGAGGAUCUGGUGGUGGUGGAUGCGAGUCGGCCGGUGGAGGAUGUGGCGGAGGCGAUUUGGAGAAAGGUCAAGGCGAGGGUGGAUAGGGUUGAUAUUGGGGAGAUGGGCAAGGUGGUGAGGACUGCGUUGUAG